AUGAAGUUUACUACAAUUACAGCUUUCGGAUUAGCUUCUCUUUCUGCCUUGGCUGAAGCAAAAAAGGACCAUGAUUACACUACCACCAAAGUUAUAACGAAGGAUGGUAAUGUUUUUACUACAACAUCCACUCAUACUACCCAUAAGUACGGUAAAUUCAACAAGACCAAGAAAUCCCAUCAAUCUAAGGAAACUGGUACCCAUAGAUAUGGUAGAUUUAACAAAACUAAGAAGUCUCAUCAAUCUAAAGAAACUGGUACCCAUAGAUACGGUAGAUUCAACAAAACCAAGAAAUCCCACCAAUCUAAGGAAACCGGCACCCAUAGAUAUGGUAGAUUUAACAAAACUAAGAAGUCUCAUCAAUCUAAAGAAACUGGUACCCAUAGAUACGGUAGAUUCAAUAAGACCAAGAAAUCUCAUCAAUCCAAGGAAAGUGGUACUCACAGAUAUGGUAGAUUUAACAAAACCAAACAUCAUCAUACAACAGAUACUGGUAACGUUAAUAAAAACGUUGUCAAUGCUGCCGCUCCAUCUCAAGGUUCAAUGAAAUUGUUCGGUUUAUCAAUCGGUUCAGCUGUCGUUGCCGGUGCUUUGUUAUUAUUAUAG